AUGAACAGUGGCGGCGGCCUCCCGCCCCCCUCGGCCGCCGCCUCCCCUUCCUCCUCCUCGCUGGCGGCGGCGGCAGUGGCCCCGCCGGGGCCCGGGGGUGUCCCCGGCGGGGCGGCGGCGGCGGCGGCGGGCGUGAAGCUCAAGUACUGCCGCUACUAUGCCAAGGAUAAGACUUGCUUCUACGGGGAGGAGUGUCAGUUCCUGCAUGAGGACCCGGCCGCCGGGGCGGCCCCGGGCCUCGGCCUCCAUAGCAACAGCGUCCCCCUGGCUCUGGCGGGCGCGCCCGUGGCCGGCUUCGCGUCCGGAGCAGCGGUCCCGGCCGGGGGAGCCGGGCCGCCCCCGGGGCCCAAGAAGCCGGACCUGGGCGGCCCGGGCGCCGGAGCCGCCGGCAGCAGCGGCGGAGGCGGCGGCGGCGGACUCGAUGGACCGCGGCUGGCCAUUCCUGGAAUGGAUGGAAGUGCUUUAACUGAUUCAAGUAUCACAGAUUCCUAUUUCAGCACCAGCUUUAUUGGAGUCAAUGGAUUUGGAAGCCCUGUAGAAACAAAAUAUCCCUUGAUGCAGAGAAUGACUAAUAGUAGCAGCUCCCCAAGCCUUCUAAAUGACAGUGCCAAGCCAUAUACAGGCCAUGAUCCUCUAACUUCACCUGCUUCAUCCUUGUUUAAUGACUUUGGUGCCCUCAACAUCUCUCAGAGAAGAAAGCCAAGGAAGUAUCGCCUGGGGAUGCUGGAAGAGAGGCUAGUUCCGAUGGGAUCAAAGGCACGGAAAGCAAAGAACCCUAUUGGCUGCCUUGCUGACAGGUGUAAAUCAGGAGUACCCAUCAAUAUGGUUUGGUGGAACAGAGUCACAGAAAACAAUUUACAGACACCAAAUCCUACUGCAAGCGAGUUUAUUCCUAAAGGAGGAUCAACCUCCAGGCUGAGUAACGUGUCCCAGUCAAAUAUGUCUGCCUUCUCUCAAGUUUUCUCUCACCCAUCCAUGGGAAGCCCCGCUACUGCUGGAUUAGCACCAGGAAUGUCACUGUCUGCUGGAUCCUCCCCUCUUCAUUCCCCCAAGAUUACUCCGCAUACUUCUCCUGCCCCCAGGAGAAGAAGUCACACUCCGAAUCCAGCCAGUUACAUGGUGCCUUCUAGUGCCUCUACACCUGCUAAUAAUCCUGUUUCCCAGAACCCAUCUUCUGGUCAGGUGAUCCAGAAGGAAACUGUUGGUGGGACAACUUACUUCUAUACAGACACGACUCCAGCGCCUUUGACUGGAAUGGUAUUUCCAAACUAUCAUAUUUAUCCUCCAACUGCACCUCACGUUGCUUACAUGCAGCCAAAAGCAAAUGCACCUUCCUUCUUCAUGGCUGAUGAACUCCGACAGGAGCUGAUCAACAGACAUUUAAUAACAAUGGCUCAAAUUGAUCAAGCAGAUAUGCCAGCGGUCCCUUCAGAAGUUGACAGCUACCAUAGUCUAUUCCCUUUAGAACCACUGCCACCCCCCAACCGAAUACAGAAAUCAAGUAAUUUUGGAUAUAUUACAUCUUGCUACAAAGCUGUAAAUAGCAAAGAUGAUCUGCCAUACUGCCUUCGAAGGAUACAUGGUUUUCGUCUUGUUAACACAAAGUGCAUGGUGUUGGUUGAUAUGUGGAAAAAAAUUCAGCACUCAAAUAUUGUAACCUUGCGUGAAGUAUUUACCACUAAAGCAUUCGCCGAGCCUUCUCUUGUGUUUGCAUAUGAUUUCCAUGCUGGAGGAGAAACUAUGAUGAGCAGACACUUUAAUGACCCCAAUGCUGAUGCCUAUUUCACAAAGAGAAAAUGGGGUCAACAUGAUGGACCAUUGCCCAGACAACAUGCUGGAUUGUUGCCAGAGUCUCUUAUUUGGGCAUAUAUUGUCCAACUGAGUUCUGCAUUGCGUACCAUUCAUACAGCAGGUUUGGCCUGUCGAGUUAUGGACCCAACAAAGAUUCUGAUAACUGGCAAGACAAGGUUACGAGUAAAUUGUGUUGGAGUUUUUGAUGUUUUAACAUUUGAUAACAGUCAAAACAAUAAUCCAUUGGCAUUAAUGGCUCAGUACCAGAACACUCGUCCCACUGCCAAUCAUAGAAGUUUGGAAGCAUUUUCAAAGGAUUGUUAUAUUUCCACUAAGUCAUUUUUUCCUUUGUUUAGUCAGAAUGUAUCUUGUGUGACUUAAUUCUACUAGUGUUGAUUUACAUCCCUCCUUUUUUGGUAACUAGUUUGCUGUUUCUUAUUCUCUGACUAAUGUGAUAAGACAUAGGGGAAUAAGAGCCUGUCCCUGCAAGGAAGCAUUAAGAAUAGUUGCUUUCACCUUGACUAUUCUCUGCAAGUAACAUUACUAUUUAAAGUAAAAUUUUCAUGUAAACCAGUUUGUGUUGUAGUGCUUCACAUUAGGAUAUGCAGCCAUUAUUUUGGGGUAGUUUUAGUUCUUUGCUUGUAAGAAGUUUUUGGAUUAUUUUUUUUUUUUUUUUGACAUCUAGUAACAGAUUUGAUUAACAGGCAGACUAUUUUUUUUAAGAUUUAUUUAUUUAUUUGAAAGUCACAGUUACACAGAGGGUGGAGAGGCAGAGAGAGAGAGAGGUCUUCCAUCCGAUGGUUCACUCCCCAAUUGGCUGCAACGGCCAAAGCUGCGCCGAUCUGAAACCAGAAGCCAGGAGCUUCUUCUGGGUGUCCCACACAGGUGCAGGGGCCCAAGGACUUAGGCCAUCUUCUACUGCUUUCCCAGGCCAUAGCAGAGAGCAGGAUUGGAAGUAUAACAGCCGAGUCUCAAACUGGUGCCCAUGUGGGAUGCCAGGGCGUUAACCUGUUGCGCCACAGCUCUGGCCCCAGGCAGACUCUUUUAAUCUUGUGGAGAAACACCUUACUGUCUUGCUCUUCUAAUUUCAACUUCUUUUUGCUUAAAGUUUUGAAUGAAUAUUUUAGUUUCCUUUUGUGUAAGACAAAAUUUCAAAAUAAAAAAUAAAGGAUGAGUGAGAAAUAGCAUCUAAGUGUUUCAGUUCUUACCUAAAUCUCUUCUGCUACUCACCUACACAGUGGAACCCCAAGAUGUACAGGCAAUCAUUGCAUGCAGUUGUAUACAGCUUUUCAUAUCUCCUUCUCUGCGUGUGCCUACUUGACCUGCACAGUAGCUAACCUGUUGUGGUUGAUGGAGUGUCUUGGACAGUGCAGGCAAGAAUCUCACUGAUUGUUUUCAUCCUCCAGCAGCAGCUUUCUUCCACCUGAAAGAAUUCGUUCCCUCCAUCUUAGCUGGGGUGAUUGUUUCUUGGCUGCUUUCCUUCUUACCUUCUGUUGUAUACCAAGUGCCUAAGUGGCUCUCAUUAGGUUUUCUUCCUGAUUUUUAUGCUUUCAAAGGCGAUUGUUAUCUGUUAAAAUACUAUUAAUCUUCACUUAUGCAAGAAAAUAAUGUUAAAUUUUUCUUGGGAAGUAAUUGUUUUUAGAGUCAGAGCUAUCAAUUUUUAUUGUUAUUUAUCUGGAAAAACCCUGUCCACAUUGAAAAAUAAAACACAUGCUUUACAGUUGCCUCUUCAUUCUCUUUUGAUUAGGUUCUCUCCUCCUCUCUUUUUAAAAAUUAUCCAUGUCAAGUAAGACUACUUGGGCUUUGUUUCUGUGUCAUAAUUUUAUUUCCUACUUUUUGCUUGUAGAUGUACAAUAUUUCAGUUAUGGGUUGUGUAGUUAUUUUGGAAAAACUUCAUAAGAAAAAAAUCUUCAGGUUCUGAACAGCUAACUUUUUAAGCUAAAAUUCGGAGCAAAUGAUUUAUGUCAAGAACUGUUUUCAUUUAUAAACUCAGCCUUCAAGCAAGUGUUACUUCCUCUUUAUUUCUCAGUAGUAAAGGAUGAUCAGGUUUCCUUUUCUUCAUUUAAGAACUUUUUGUUAUAUACAUAUAGAAAAUUUUUCACAGAGCUUAUUAUCAUAAGGUACAGGAGAGAAUUAAAGAUAUCCCAAAAGGGGGAGUGUAAUUUUACAGAGAAGAGGGUACAUGAGAAAGGAGUGCAUUGUUCUUGUAGUCUAUUUUUCAUAGUCUGUUUCAGACACGUGAAUAGAGACUGACUUUCAGUAAAAUGGACAUAAGUAGAGCCAUAGAUAGAAUCAGAGAAAGAAAUCACGAAGUCAAGAAUCAGGAAGAAACUGAAAAUGAAUUGGGGGGAAAACCUCCUGAAUUCAACAAAUGGGGGGAAAAACCAGAUGGAGGUAAGAAGCAACAUAACAAAUGGAAAAUUAUGUAGCUGGAAAAUAAGGAAAGGAGAGUUAUUGGCUAUUUAUGUUGUUAAACUCAAUUAAACAAGACUUUAUGAGCCUCUUUCAUUUAAAAAAUCAAUUUUAACUUAAUCUGGAUUGUAUCUCACGUGUACUUUAUUGCUAAAAGUAGGUAUUCUCACCUUGAGUCAGCUUAGGGGAAUUCUGUGCUGGAAUGUACUCAAGGUUUAAUCCCACUCAGCUCUUCAGCGAUCUUGGACCUUUAUUUUCUUGUCUCACACAGGGAUUGAUGCUGGGAGGCUUAGUACAGUAUCACUUAACAGUGGAGCCACAAUGAAAACUGUGUUGCUUUCAGAGUUGGGAGGCUGGGUAUUGGUACCUACUGCUCGGGUACUUGAUAAAUUACAACAGCUUUCAGUUUGCUUUGAUGAAUACAUUGAAUUAAAACAGUUAGCAUUGACACACACACACUGAUUUCUCUCAACCAGGAGUUCUAUAACUCAUAACAACUUGGAUGUUUUACUGAUUUUGGCACCCCCCCACCCCCCACCGCCAGAGCUCAUAGUGGUGCCCUUCCCUCCUGCCCUGCUGGGCUUGUAACUCCAUACCUCUAGUGAAGUUUUUUUUCUCUGACAAGAGUCCUUGGCAUCUCUUCUAUAGAUCCAGAGUAGUUUGUUUCUCUAAUCAGAUUUUCUACUGAUUAAUAGGUUCUCAUAUUCAAAAUGUUAGACUGACAAAGGCUAAUGUUGGAUACAUUUUAAAAUCUGAACUUUCUAAUAUUUUACUAAUGGGAGCUACUAAUAGAUUCCUGCUAUUCUUUAUUAUUUGGCUAGAAUGUUGUUAAGGAUAGUCAUCUAGUGUUAAAACUUCAUUAGUGAUUGUCUUAAAAUACUCACCUGGAUCUACUGAACUAGUAGUUCUCAACCCUGGCUAUAUAAUAAAAUCUCUUGUGGGAGCUUUGACAAGUACCAGUUCCCUAGACCUUACCCCAUACUAAUACCAAAACUGGGAGGAAGAGAUGGCCACCAGGUGAUUUUUUUUUUUUUUUUAGUGUUAUUUUUUGUUUUGUUUGUUGGUUAAGCUCCUCAGAUGAUUUAAAAAUUUCAGCCAGCUUGAAAAUUCUUUUCACUAAAUCAGCAUUCAGUAAGUGAAUGUGUAUCCACUAAUUCAGAAAAGAUCUCAGAUUUUGAAGAUUUAUGGAAAUCUUCUGUCAGAAUUAUUUCAGUGAUUUCAUGUUAACUGAGCCAGACCUGUCCUCCUAGUCACGAUUACUAAGCAGGGCUAUUUGAGGUGUCCAUUCCGUUUCCUGGAGAUAUGGGUGGUAAAGAGCUCACCUUAGCUAGUCGUCUUUGGAAAAUCUUUUUAGAAGAAAUGCCUCAACAUGGUAAAUCUAUUUAAAAAAAAAAAAAAAAGUGGGGGUAGGGGUAGGAAAGCAGGUGGUCCCUGACCUGAAAAACAAAAGAGGUGUCCAAGGAGGUUUGCCGCAUUUUCUAUGUUCUAGAGAACGUGCUCUAAAAUCAGGUUGAUGCCUCUGGAUGUGGUAACAAUUCUCAACAUUCCACUGUAUUCUAGAAAUCAUGGAACAUGAGAAAGAUGCUUACCUUAAAUUGCCAUGUUUGUAGUAAAGCAAGAGUAUAGUAAUCUUGAAUUUGUUCUAAUAGAGGAGACUAUCCAUUCUGUUCAAAAAGUAAAUUUUUUAAAAUCAAAGAGCAUUUAUAAGUAACAGUUCUGUAGCUGGCAUGUGAAUUGCUUAGAGUAACAUUUACUAAAAUGUGGUCCUAGAACUACUUCAUCAGAAUUACCUGGAUAUGAUAUAAGUGUUGGGCCUCUUCCCAUAUCCACUGAAUGAGACUCUUUAGCCCAGAGGCUCAGAAAUCAUCUUGUAAAUAAGCUCCCAGGUGAUGCUGAUAAGUGCCAAUAAUUGAAAACCUCACCUUUAGUUCUGCAGCUUUUGUAUAACAGUGCUUUUUCUCUCUGUAGGCUGUUGUAUCAGUGUGUUAUAUGUGUACCCCUGAAGUAAAAAUUAAAAGUAUUAUUUAUU